GGCAAGUCUAUCCACCAACUAAUCAGAGCGUGAUAUUUGUUUUACCUGGAUCAACUGAAAGAGUAAAGUAUUCAUUUGUGGGCAAUCCUGCUCGAGCAUCUCUAGUUUGGUAUUUCGCAAGAAGAGGUGGAUCACAGGUAGAAAAGCUUGCUGUAAAAUUUCGCACCAAUGAGCUGGUAAUAGAGAACAGCAGCCUACCUGGGGUUGCAAUAGAAACACCCGCAACGUUGGUUCUAAAGAACAUUAAUGAACGUUAUAAUGGAAAAUACUGGUUUAGUGUUCUAGUAUCUGGUAGAGUUGAUGAUGCUGAAGUUGAGGUUUUUGUUUUAG